AUGGAUGAAACCGCUCUGAAGAACCAACCCAUGCUGGAUGCUAUCGCUCUCCAUGACCGUGACCGUGACUUGGACUGCUCGUCUCCACCUCUCUCGCCUGCCAUGUCCGACCGCAACGAUGCGGGCCUCUCACCCGCAGUUGUCGAGUCGAUCGCUGGCCUCUCCGCCGGCUCCGUUGCGACGCUCGUCGUUCAUCCCCUCGACAUUGUCAAGACGCGCAUGCAGAUCCACCGCAGCUCGACAGCGCCCAAGCAACCGCUGACAACCAUGUCCCUGAUCCGCUCCCUGACGCAGAACCCGCACCCCGUGGCCUCGCUCUACCGUGGUCUGACGCCUAACCUCAUCGGCAACGCCUCGUCCUGGGCGUCCUUCUUCUUCUUCAAGUCGCGCAUCGAGCGGCUCCUCGCCGGCGGCACCGACCGCACGACGCGCGACCGCACCCUCUCGACGCCGCACUUUCUCCUCUCGGCCGCCGGCGCCGGCGCCCUGACGCAGGUGCUGACGAACCCCGUCUGGGUGCUCAAGACGCGCAUGCUGUCGUCGGACCGCGGCGACGCUGGCGCCUACCCGAGCAUGCUCGCCGGCGCGCGCCGCAUCCUCGCCACCGAGGGCUGGCGCGGCUUCUACCGCGGCCUCGCCGUCGGCCUCGUCGGCGUCUCGCACGGCGCCGUCCAGUUCGCCGUCUACGAGCCCGCCAAACGCGUCUACCUGCGCGCCCGCCGUGCCGCCGGCGCCCCCGACGACGGCCGCCUCGGCAACGACGCCACCGUCCUCCUUCUCCUCCGCCGCCAAGCUCGCCGCCGGCGCCGUCACCUAUCCCUACCAGGUGCUGCGCAGCCGCCUGCAGAACUACGACGCCGACGCGCGCUUCGGCCGCGGCGUCCGCGGCGUCGCGACCCAGCUCUGGCGCGAGGAGGGCUUCAGGGGGUUCUACCGCGGCCUCGUUCCCGGUGUCAGCUGGAGGCUUGA